UAUGACACAAUUGGAUCCGGACUUGCUGCUGGUUCGACUUUUGAAUCCGUCCGACCAUAUGACUGGUUCGAAGCGUUCCAAAAUUCAUUAAUGCCGGAUUUUUCUGACUUCCAAAAACUGGUUCGGUUCACGAGAGCCGAAACCAUCGGAAAUGGACACCUUAAAGAAGACUUCAUAGUCCAGUGUAACUUCGACAACCAGCGCUGCGGUCCGGAGAACUUUAAAACUGGCCAAUUUGACAAACUCGGCAACUGUUUCAGUUUCAACUCAGUUCAACAUGACAUUUCAGUUCCUCCUCUCAAUACCAGCCAAACUGGUGCAAGUUUUGGACUUAAACUUACACUUUUCAUCGACAAAGAUGAAUACUUGGGAAUUGCCGGCCAGUUUUCAGGCGCAAAACUGAUUAUUUCGAACCCAUACGAGCACCCGUCCAGAUUUGCGGAGAGUAUCAACUUGGCUGCGGGAACUCUGACAGUCGUCUCCAUGCACCAAGAGCUCCUAUCUCGUCAAAGCAGUCCAUAUUCUACAUGUUCGCAGUCUUGGCCUGAAAAUCUGGAACUGAACCACAUGAAAGACCGCUUCGAUUACACAGUACCGUUUUGUGAAGAUCUCUGCAUGCGGAAUUACAUCGCGACCAACUGCAAUUGCUCUUGGGAUCCAGAUCGCAUAUACAGCAGCAACCCCGAAAUAAUUGAGAGAUCAAGGAACCAGUGUCAUAUAUGGCGCCCAGCUCAAAGAGCCUGCAUCGAAGCAAGCGUUCAGCAAUUUUUGAAUGAGAUACAAUCCUGCCGUUGCAGUCAGGAAUGUUCUAAAAGGAAACUGAAAUUCUACUCGUCCACCUCUGAAUGGCCUUCGGAAGCGUACACUCCUUAUUUGGCAAUGCUGCUUGAAAAGUCUCAUUCCACCGCUGUGUUCGACUUUGUCAUGAAAAGCCUUGAAACCUCGAGGGGACAGAAUGUUGUACUGAAAAGCAUUUUGCAGGAAAACUUCGUCCGGGUUGAGAUUCAUUUUAUUACUCUGGAUUUCACACAUAUCGCUGAGGUUCCGAAAUACAACAUGGCUAUGCUAUUCGGUACCUUGGGAGGGAAUUUGGGGCUGUGGCUUGGGUGGAGCCUGAUGACACUCUUCGAGAUGUUUCAAUGGGUGUACUUCUGUGCCAAAAUUGCUCUGAAUCAAAAAUGACCCAUCUUUCUUUUGCCGUCGGCUAUUACUCGUGUAUCAUUUGUUUGCAAUUGAGUUGAACAGGAUUUAAAGAACGUUUAAACUGAGAUCAAUUACUCAAACAGUCUGGAGUGAACGAGUGUGAGUGUGUUUUUAAAGCGUGUUUUCUUUAAAAAAUAUAUAUAAUGAUCAAGGUGAUUGGAUUUACCCAAAAUGUAUUUAGGCGCUAAAAGGGGAGAUGC